CAUUCCUGGGAAUAUAGGCAAGUUUUGUGUGUAAAUUUGGGAAUGUUUUCGAUAAAUAUAUAUUGACGCAAUUAAAAUGUCUCCGGAUCCAAGUACAUUAAAAACGUCCAUUUGUAAGACAAAUGAGAAGGCGGGUAGCGAAAGUAAAAUUGUUUGUAGUGACGUUCAAAUCAGGACAGCAACAACUACAUGCCAACCAAGUGAUAAUGGUGCAGCACAGAACAUGGAGGCGAGCAACACUCCUGCGUUAGCCAUUGGUGAGUUUCAAACUAACAUCGACGCACCGACAAAGGCGCCAUCAUUGUCACUUUGUCGAGAAAAACGUAAUGUUUCACCAUCCUCGGUUAAUUUGCAUGAAGCUUUCGUUGAUCCCCAGUCACCAUCAUCGUCGUCCUCCACUUCACAGACCACCAGUGCUAAUGAUGCCACUUUUGAACCAACAAUUGAAAUGAUGGUGAAUGAUUUCGAUGAUGAGCAAACAUUAAAUGAGGAAGAAGCCUUAGCUUCCCUCGAAUCACAAGAUCCAGAUGAGGAAAUAAAUACGCUAAAGGAAGAAAGUGAAAUGCCUUUAGAAGAAUUGCUAGCCAAAUAUAGAGCAUUGCCCCCUCAACCUCCCUCAACAGAACUAUCAAGGAAAAAAUCUAAAAAAUCAUCAUCACACAAGAAAAAACACAAGUCAAAGCAAAAGCGAGAUGCCCGUGCUACACAAACAUUACAUGAAUCUAUUGAAGAAAGCCCCACUUCCGUUGACGUUGCCGAAGCUUCGAAACAUGGCAAAACAAAUACAGAAAUGAUUAUUCCAGAAAGUGGAGAUGAGAAAGAUUUGGCUGAUGAUAAAAGGCUUGAAGAUUAUGACGAAGAAUGCGCCAGCAGCACAUUGUCACCACGAAAACCCCCAACUCCAUCAAUAGAUGAAGAGCGAAAAGAAGACGAUGGUAUUAUAAGCGAUAAUGGAAUUACACAUGGUGAAAUUCUUAAAGUUCGUCGAUCUCAUUUACUCGAUCUAUAUCCAGAAGGAACAUUUGAUAAUGUAGUUGUAGUUAAUGAUGAUAUGGCUGGCGAUAGUAAAGAAACAGAUAUUCCCCUAGAAUCUUUAUAUGGAGUUGAAGAUGAUGAUGAAGAAAUCGAAGAAGAAGAGGAUGAAGAUUAUAAAAAGAAAGUAAUGAUUGGAACAUUAUAUCAAGCUACUAUACCAGUAGGAUUGUCGCAGUAUGGCGAUAUUUUACCAUAUGAAAAUGAAGAUAAACUCAUUUGGGAACCCAGUCAAGUUAGUGAACGUGAAGUAGAAGAAUAUUUAAUUAAAAUACGAGACAUUAAAUCUAAUCAACAAGGCGAAGAAGAAGUUUCUGCCAUUGAAACAAACUUGGAAAACCAUUCAAAGGAAAAUGGUAGAGCUGUCAGCAAUAAAGACAAUCUGGAAAAUAAUUCCCUUUUAGCGAAUGGGGAUAAAUUACAUGUUGAAGCGUCAGCGACUACUAUAGAUAUGGACAGUCAGGCGGUAAUUAAAGAUAACGAACAGGCUCUUCAUUUGUUGGUACAAUGUGGUUAUGAUUUCAAGGAAGCCUUACGAAGAAAACGUUUGAAUGCGCUACCGCUUAAUGAUUGCAUGAGUUUAUGGUCCGAAGAAGAAUGUCAUAAAUUUGAGGAGGGCAUACAAAAGUAUGGAAAAGACUUUCUUAAAAUUAGACAAAACCAAGUACGAACUCGUACAAUGCGCGAGUUGGUACAAUUUUAUUAUUUGUGGAAAAAGAGUGAAAGAAGAGAUCACAAUUUCGCUAACGCUGAUACCGUAGAUCAUAUGGAUAUUUAUUUAAAUGAAGAUAACGAAUACGGAUCAAAUCCUGCCUCAGUUAUAACACCAGUAGGGUCACCAGUUGGUAAUAACUCAAAUUGUCCUGGUACUCGUAGAAAUAGCAAUGCUUCACAAAAAAACAUUUCCAUAAUGACUACCACUUCAACAAACAACUCCACACCGGCAGCUACAAAUUCAACGUCUCCUAGUACAUCUCUGCAGCAGCAGCAUCAACAACACCAUAAAAGACGUACACACACAAGUAAUGCGACGACAAGUGAUUUCAAUGAUGAGAACUCUAGUACCCUGCAAACAAACUCCACUAAAUGAUGACAACGGACAAAACGGUCUAAAAAACAUAUUUCACCGAUUCAAAAUCGUGUCAAAAGAAAACGUAAACGUAUAUUAGUUCGUAGACAUUUUCGUAAUAGUGUAAAGUUAUGUAAAACAUCAACUAAUAUUGCGAAUUAAACCCACAUACACAACAGAUAUUCCAUUGCAAUUACAAACAUACAUACAUAAUACAUGCAUACCUUUUAUACAUAAAACUUACUACAUACAUAUGAACAUGUUUUAAAAUAACCAUGUUGAAAAAAGAAUAAAAUCAUUUCAAUCUCUUAAUUGAGUUCUACUCAAAAAAAAAAGUUUUAGAAAAUAUAUUACAGCACUUGACAGAUGUACAUGAUUUAGUCAUAUAUAAAGACAUAAAAAAUAACUUCUGCCGCCAAAUACCUCAGUCUGUUGUUAAAACUUUAUAAUAAUUGUGACUGGAACAGGACAAUUAUUACUAUUUGUAGCUUAUGAAAAACAUUCGAGUUCAAUAAAAUAUGUAUGUAUAUUUAUUUUUGAAUUGAA